UAAUGUAUAUCUCGAGAUCCAAGACCAGUUAAUAUUAAGUAAGCAGUAGAUGGAUAAGAUAGAAAUAUAUAUGGAUAAGUAUAGUAAAUAAUAUACAAUACAGUUAGUACCAUGUCGAACGGAAAUGGAGGUAAGCGGAUAACCUUAAAGAGGAGCCGGCCAAAUCCUAUUUUUGAAGAUUGGCUCAAAGAACUUCACGAGGAAGCCAAAGAGAAGAAAAGCAAGCUAGAGCCAAUGUUGAAAGAAGCCCUGGACUCGAUGUCAAAGUAUCCGUUACCUUUGAAGUCAGGAGCUGAAUGUGCUAUUCUUAAAGGUUUUGAUAAGAAAUUGUGCAGAUUCCUUGAUAUACGAUUGGAAGCUUAUUAUAAUAAUACAAAUGGUUCGGAACCAAAAGUAUCAUCUCAAACUUGUACAGUGUCUAUGAAGUCUUCUUCAACACAAACCUCCACUAGUGAUAGUACGAACAUGGCUAACAAUAAUGAUUCCUCAACAUCUAAUAGUCUUAACGCUGACAGUGCACCGAGUGAUUCUAGUUCAGGCCAAACUAAGAAACCUAGAAUUUUCAAACCUGUGUUCAGAUCGGGCAGUUAUGCCAUCCUGGUAGCAUUACUUGAGCAAUUGAGGAAUAACCCCUUAAAAUCAGCUCUCGAAAAGCAGGAACUUAUCAGCCUAGCUCAACCACACAGUGAAGAAUCCUUCUCGAGGCCAAAGCCCAACUCUUUUUACACAGCUUGGUCAAGUAUGAAAACCCUAAUCAGCAAACGGCUGGUAGUAUGUACAAGAAGUAAGAAAACUACUUAUUCUUUAUCUGAUGACGGUAUUGCUCUUGCCAUCCAAGUUUUAGAAGAUUAUAAGGAUAGACCUACUGUAAAUGAUGUGAUAUUCAAUGGUGCUCCAACUUCCAACUUGAAUCCAAUGAGAAAUCAAGAUAACUUGACACCUGGUGGGAGCAGCACUUCAUCUCAAACAGUGACACCAGUGUUGUCUCAGACCAGUUCUUCAGAUUCUGUGUUUAUUGAUAUGCCACCAGACUCUUUUCAUGUAAUAUUAUUGAUAGACAAGAAUGAAACUGGCGGGGUAUCAAAGAAAGAUGACCCAACAGUUGCACAGUUCAAGAAAUAUCCAGAUCUGAAACAUGAAUACAGGAGCUUGAAAAUUGGUGAUUUUACAUGGAUAGCUCGACACAAGAGCAACAAAGAUCACGAAUUGGUCCUCCCAUAUAUUGUUGAACGGAAAAGAAUGGAUGAUUUUGGGUCCAGUAUAAAAGAUGGAAGGUUCCAUGAACAAAAGUUCAGAUUGAGGAAAUGUGGAUUGUACAAUGUAAUUUAUUUAGUAGAAAAUUAUGGGUCUAACAAACAUGUUGGGUUACCAUUUCAAUCACUUAUGCAGGCAUUAGCCAACACGAGGGUACAAGAUCAAUUCAAAGUACAUGUGACCGAUUCACUUAAUAAUUCUGCAAGAUUUUUAGCGAUGAUGACUAAACGAUUAACAAUUGAAUAUAAGGAUAAACAUUUAUUUGGAAGAAACCAAGAAUCUCAAGGCGAGAAGCUGAUGACAUUUGAUUACUUCAACAAAGCAUCAAGCAAGAGUAAACCAUUAACUGUUACAGAAAUGUUCAUAAAACUUCUUGUUCAGUUAAAAGGAUUGUCCGUUGAGAAAGCAUUGGCGAUCACAAAAGUGUACAGUACGCCGAAAUCUUUAAUCACAGCGUACGAAAAAUGUACCCAAAGGGAAGGCGAAACUUUGUUAGCAAAUUUAAAAUACGGUACUCAGAAUCGUAAUGUUGGUCCUAAGAUAAGUAAAUCAAUUUAUAGGUUCCUUGUAUGGAAGGAGUGUGAAUAA